GACACGAAUGUGAAAAGUGAAAUCCAGACUGACAGGAGCAAGAGAAGGAGAGGAACGAGCUACAGGGAACAUCUCGUACAAACACUCAAAUACAACCUCUCUGCUGAAACUGCAGCUCAAAACUAAAUGGCUAUGUCACUACCUGCUGCCUUCCUGUCUGAAGAACAGUUCACCUGCCCUAUAUGUCUGGAAGUAUUUACCAAACCGGUCACAACACCAUGUGGACACAGUUUCUGCCAAACCUGCAUUUCCUCCUACUGGGACGGAAACAGUACAAAAAUGUACCAGUGCCCUCUCUGCAAAGAGUCCUUCCUCAAGAGACCAGCUCUCCAUAUCAACCUGACCCUGAAGGAAAUAACUGAACAAUUCAAGCAGAUGGCCGGCUCUCCUGUGGCUGACAGACUUGGAGGAACGGAGCCUUCCAGGUCCCCUUCCCAUCAUAAUCAACCACUGCCACCCAGAUUCCAGAGGCAGGGGGAGAUGCCCGAGAACAUCCUUGCAGAAAUGAUGUCACGUUUUCAGCGCCUGCCAGACCCCGGGCUGCCUCACGCUGCACUCCCCCAAAGCCAGAGUCGAGAUGGUGCUCCCUUUGUCAGGACGGAGCAUCACGACCCCCCACCACCUUACCCCAGUGACUCGGAUCUGCCGCCGUGCCCCAUCCACCUGAGAGGUCUGGAAUUCUUCUGUCGCACUGAUAACUUGUGCGUGUGCAGCACGUGUGUGGGGACGUCAGAUCACCUAGGACACAACAUCACCCCCGCCAAACGAGAGUGGCACUUGAAGAAGGCUCAGUUAGGUAUUACUGAGGCGGAGCUAAAGGAGCUCAUCAGUGAGAGAGAGAGAAAAGUGGAGGAGGUACACAGCUCCCUGCGAGAGAUAAAGGAUACUGCAGAGAGAGAGACGGAUGAAGCCGUCUGUGCUUUUUCCAAGCUGAUCUCCAGCGUGGAGCACUGCCAAGCUGAAGUCUUGGAGGUGAUAGAGGUGACUCUUCGAGCGGCAGAGCGCAGAGCUCAGAGCGUGCUGAGAGAGCUGGAAGAAGAAAUAGCUGAGCUUAAACGGAGGAGCUCAGCACUGAGUCAGCUGGCUCUGUCUGAGGACUACAUAUUCUUUCUCAAGACGUUCCCUUCCCUGUCUGCACCUUGGCAGGCUAAGAACUGGUCCGGAGUCUCUGUGUCAUCUCAGCUGACGUCAGGUGUGAUUCUCAGGUCUGUCAAUCAGAUGAUGGAGCAGUUUCACAAAGAGCUGCGAAUACUGCCAGAAAUCUGUCAGCAAUCGUCAUCAAACCAGUCUUUAUCUAGACCCAACCCGAAGGUUAGGAGGGUUCAAGAAUAUGCAGGUAUGGACUUAAAUCCUUUUAGCGUUUACUUUUGUUUGAGCCCCGAGCUAAACUGGCGGGUUUUUAGAAACUCCAUUUCAAAGACGUUUUGGCAUUUACAGUUUUCUGUCCAACUUGUGUACCGGACAUCAUUCAUCUUUAACCCGAACUCAAGUCAGCAGUGUUACAGGAUGGAGGAACUAACCAUUGCUCUAUCACUGUAUCUGUCAGUUGACAUCACUUUGGAUCCCACCACAGCCCACCCACGUCUCACCGUCUCAGCAGAUGGGAAGAGGGUUUACUGCGGAGAUCGCCAUCAGGUGGUACCAGACAACCCGAAACGCUUUGACCGGGUAGUGUGUCUGCUGGCCAACCAGGGCUUCAACUCAGGGCGCCAUUACUGGGAGGUGGAGGUAGGGGGGAAGACUGAUUGGGACCUCGGCGUGGCCAGUCGGUCCAUCAACCGUAAGGGUAAAAUCACCGUGAGCCCCGCCCAUGGAUACUGGUUUCUCAGCCUUCGGGAUCAGUCCGAGUUCGCCUUCAGAACAGAACCAUCGACCAACUUGACGGUUCACAUCAGACCAUCUCGGGUGGGAAUCUAUGUUGACUAUGACAAGGGACUGUUGUCCUUCUACAACGUAGAUGCCAAAGUGCUAAUGUUUACAUUCACCGAUAGUUUUUCUGACACCAUCCAUCCAUUCUUCAGCCCCUGUACAAAUAAAUCAGGACGGAAUGAGGCUCCACUAAUCAUCUGUCCUGUUGCAAUGACAGAAUGAUCAACUAUAACAAGUGCUUUAAAGUACUGCUUCAAGACUUGGAUACAGAAACAUCUGCAACUAAUAACUGAUCAUUUUAUUCUUUGCAGCACAAUAAAGAAGAAUAUGGCCUUUGGUUAGCAUAUGCUAAAGCUGCCAUUGUGAUUAAUAUUGGCAGAAAAUGUGAAAUUCUUUCAGGAAAAUACGGACUCUGCAUCCGUCAAACUAAAGAUGAGCGAUGAGCCUCAGCUCAACGGCCUGCAUUACCGAUGGCAUGGAGUCGCAUGUGGAUUUGGCAGUUUACACUUCUGGAAAGGCACACUUACUACAUCAUGAAACAAAAAUGACACCAAAGAAGAGCCAGGACUGUUAUAUCAGAAAGUGCUGUCCUCGGCCGUCAGACGUUUGAGACUGCUGCACAGAAUCCUGAAAGCUGCGUCCUCAAAAAGAAACACUUCAUUGUGUUGCUGUCAUCACAUUAAAAAUCAGAAAAUAUUUUCCUUAAAACAUUUACAGUGGCCAUAUUUUGAUCAUGAAUCAGUGUGUGUUGGUAUGUCUGGACUACAUUUUUUAUGUGUGCUCUGUGCCUUUAAGAGUCUCUGCAGUCUCUCCUUUUUCUGAUUGGCUGCCGCUGUCUCCGGCAGACCUGUCCUCAGCUGCCCAAGUCAUAGGCUGUAUCCCAAUUCAGAGUCUGCAGCCUUAAAGUACGCAGCCUUAACGAUCCACAAGGGCCGCGUACUCAAAGACCGCUAAGGCCGGAAGUGCGAGGCUUGUGAAAUCGGACAGUCUAGCCUCCGUGGCGCUGCCCAGGUUGCCUAGCAACCAUGAUACUAACAGCUGGAAACGUGUCAUACAGCUUUGUUUGACAGAAAUGAAGGAGAACAUCUUUUGUUCAUUUGU